GGUUCACUCCCAUCCUACAGCCAUGUCCUGCUUCGAUCUGUGCCGUCCCUGUGGCCCAACCCCACUGGCCAACAGCUGCAACGAGGUCUGUGUGCGCCAGUGCCAGGACUCCCGGGUGGUGAUCCAGCCGUCUCCUGUGGUGGUGACCCUGCCUGGACCCAUCCUCAGCUCCUUCCCCCAGAACACUGCUGUGGGCUCCAGCACCUCUGCUGCUGUUGGCAGCAUCCUGAGUGAGGAGGGAGUCCCCAUCUCCUCUGGUGGCUUUGGCAUCUCUGGCCUGGGCAGCCGAUUCUCUGGCAGGAGGUACCUGCCCUGCUAAGGAUGAGGUGGUUGUCCCUUGAGCCCAUUGCCCAGGAAGCCCAAAGUCUGACACCGGACUGAGGUCAGAGCUGCUGGCCAGAAUUUCCAGGUGUGCUGAGCACCCCUGAACUCUCUUGCAAAAAAGUAAGGGAAGCCAGGAUGCCUGCAAUUACAAUUAGGGAAUAUGACCAGCAGAUACCUUCUUCUUCUCAACAUCAUAACUCCAUGUUGCCUCCUGCUGUCCUGUGCCUUGGGUUUAUCCGGAAGCAAGUGGAAAUGACCCUGCUUCUUGUCCCUUUAAACACGUGAGGGAGGAAGACAUACAUCCUGUUCUGGUGGAAAGAGUAUCUGAGUACCAGCUGCCCCCAUUGCAACCUGUACCAGAUCUCUUCCAUCACGCAUUGCUUCAUUUCUAUCUUUAGACUCAAUAAAGU